AUGCAGAACGACGACGACGACGAGAGCGCGGGGGGUGGAAUCGAGGUUACGAAAACAGUGUCGUCGCAGCAGUCGGAUCCGAAGGGGGGCGAGGCGGGAACCGGAACGGGGACUCGGAGGGCGCAGGCGAAGGGGAUGGCAAUGGAUUGGUUGACGGCAGCGUGGGACGAGACGGUGUUUCUGACGACAACAAAGGAGGGUCUGAUUGGCGAUUACGACUAUGCGUACCUCCUGACACCCGACAUCCCGCCGUUCAAUCGCAAGUAUAAGGGCCGCUCGCAGCCGUUUUUUGGCGUGGACGACCGGAUACCGCUGCUGCUCACGCUGCUGCUGGGCAUUCAGCACGCACUGGCUAUGAUUGGGGGUGCCGUGUCGCCGCCGCUCCUCAUCGCUGGCGCCUCCGGGGCGAAUCUCACACCUGAUGAGGUCUCGUAUCUGGUAUCGGCAUCGUUGAUCCUCUCCGGCGUGUUCAGCUUCUUCCAGAUCGUGCGCUUCCGCAUCUUCAACACCGGCCUCUGGAUCGGCACGGGAAUGCUGAGCGUGGUCGGAGAGUCGUUCGCAGUGGUGCCGAUCGCUCAGGGCUUCAUGGCUGGCGAAUACGCGGCUGGUCGUUGUCCCACGUCCGAUGAAGGACAGAAGUUGCCGUGUCCGAAGGCGUACGGACAGCUGCUGGGGACAGUAUCGCUCGUCAUGCUGUUCCAGGUCGCCAUGAGUCUGAUCAAGCCGAGGUACCUGAGGAAGAUCUUCCCGAAGCUUGUGAGCGGGAUGGUACUCAUGUGCAUCGGUGCGGGGCUGGUGGCGAGUGGGAUGAAGAGUUGGGCUGGCGGCUCGGGGCCGUGCAUGAUGCGGCCGAAGGAUGGGUUUUUCGCAUUGUGUCCGGACAUCGAUGCCCCCAACCCACUGCCCUGGGGCCACCCCAAAUUCCUCGGCCUCGGCUUCCUGGUCUACGUCACGAUCCUGAUCGUCGAAAUCUGGGGAUCACCGCUGAUCCGCAACGGCUCCGUAGCCAUCGGCCUCUGCAUCGGCGCCCUCGUCGGCGGCCUAACCGGCUACAUCGACAGCUCGACCAUCACCUCAGCACCGAAAGGCACCUUCCUCUGGACACACACGUUCCCGCUCGGCCUCAACGGCAGUCUCGUGCUCCCCCUGAUCGCCUGCUGCCUAACCACGCUCGUCAGCUGCCUCGGCGACGUCGUCGCCACCGCCGAAGUCUCCCGGCUCGACGUCGACGGCCUCGGCAUCGACGCGCGGGUACAGGGCGGACUCACCGCUGACGGCGUGUGGAGCGUGCUCGCGCCCCUCGCCACCACCACGCCCACCGUCCUGUUCGCGCAGAACGUUGGCGUGAUCGCGCUGACCGGCUGCGCCUCCCGCCGCGCCGGCUACGCCUGCUGCGUCUUCAUGAUUCUCGCCGGCGUUGCUAGUCGCUUCGGGGCCGCUAUCGUCGCGCUGCCCCCCAGCGUCAUCGGCGGGAUGACGACGUUCCUCUUCACCAGCAUCGUCGUCAGCGGUAUCUCAAUCCUGUCAAAGUGCAGGUGGACCAGCAGGGACAGGUUCAUCGCCACUGCCGCACUGGUCUUCGGCAUCAGCGAUCUUGUCGUCCCCGACUGGCCGAGGUACUUGUUCCCCGACGGCGGAUCGGUCGGCGUCGAGGGGCUCAAGGAUGGGCUGGCGCUGAUCGUUGGCACGAGCUAUUGCAUCGUUGCCCUGGUCGGAGUGCUGCUCAAUGCGGUUAUUCCUCAGGAUAGAGGCGCUGAGGAUAUAUUGCCGCAGACGGAGGGGGCGGAUGGCGCGAAGGCCGAUUGA